AUGAGCUUUCAGACAAAUCCCACCCCCGUCAUGAACAACUUCCCCGGACUCCCGCCCUUCCCGGAUGACGCCUCCACCGCGCCACUGCUACGACUUUCGCUGAGAAAAUUGCUAGCUGGAGACGCAGCAGAAUGCGAAAAGCUAUUUAUGUCCUCCAAGGAUAUCGGAUUCUUUUACCUCGACUUGCAAGAUGUAGAGCAGGGGACCUCACUCCUGGACGACGCCGAUGCCCUGUUCCGAGUGGGCGAAGCACUGUUCGAACUGAGCCCGGAAGACAAGCAGCAGUAUGAUUUCAGUGCACAAAAUUCGUACUUCGGAUACAAGGCCCAGGGAGCAGCGGUGGUUGACAAGCAGGGAAACCUGGAUCGAAACGAGUUCUACAAUGUAUCCAAAGACGACAUUCUAGGUGUAAGCGGGCAGCUUCCAGCCCCAGAGACCCUACACCAAAGCCGAGCGCGGCUAGCCUCGUUCAUGCGAGGCUCACACAGCAUCGUGAAAACCAUCCUCACCAUCCUCAACAAGCACCUAAGACUCCCAGAAGGGAUGCUCUCUAACCUGCACCGCCAGUACGCAGCAAGCGGCGACCAAGUGCGUUUCGUCAAAGCACCACCCCAACCCGUCGACGACCGACGCACGGCACUGGGCCAGCACACGGACUUUGGCAGCGUGACAGUGCUCUUCAACCGGCUGGGCGGGCUGCAGGUGCUGCCGCCGGGGGCGGACGCCGAAUGGGUGUAUGUGCGGCCGCUGCCAGGCCACGCGAUUGUCAACCUCGGCGAUGCGAUGGUGAAAUUCACGAAUGGGCUGUUGCGGUCGAAUAUCCACCGGGUUGUGGCGCCGCCUGGUCGUCAGGCGGACUCGACUCGGUAUAGUCUUGUGUACUUUGCGCGGCCCGAGGAUAGCGUGUUGUUGCGGCGUCUUGAGGGGUCGGAGGAUAUUCCGCGCGUGAUGGAUGGGGACGCUGAGGAGGUGGUUAAUAGUAAGGACUGGAUUAUUCGGCGGGCUUUGGGUCGGCGGGUUGAUUUGGGGGGUGAGGUUGAUUUUGACAAGGCUGCGGGGACGGAGCAGAUGAGUCGGAGGAUCCAGGUUUGA